AUCCCCAUCCACUCUACUUUACACCGCAGGCAGUGAGCCAGCCACUGAGCCACAAAGCUAUCUAUCUCUGAGCGACGUCAAGCACCACCGAACGACCACCACCACCACCUCGAGCUACAAGCUAUGGCGAAGCGUCUCCUCCGCUCUUCGUCCCUUCCUCUGGCCCUGGUGCCGCCGCUGCUGCUGCUUCUCCUGGUAGCGGGAUCGCUCGCAGGGGCAACAGCGCUUGGCAGCUUCCCUGGGGAACGUCGUGGUCGAAGUCUGCAGCAGCUGCCAAACCCGAUGCCUCAGCCUGUCCCGCAGCCGCAGCCGCAGCCGCAGCCAGACCCAAACGUACGGCCGCAACCGGGGCCGCCGAACCCACUGCCACCACAGCCCCUGCCGCAACCAAAUCCAAACCCUCAGCCGCAGCCGCAGCCCCUUCCGCAACCACAGCCAGGCCCGCAGCCUGACCCAAACCCACAACCUCAGCCUCAGCCCCAGCCCCUCCCGCAGCCACAGCCUGGUCCAAUCCCGCCGCAGCCUGACCCGAACCCACAGCCACAACCUCAACCCUUGCCACAGCCUCUCCCGCAACCACAGCCGGGCCCGAUCCCACAGCCUAACCCAAACCCAAACCCACAGCCUGUGCCGAUGCCAGACCCAAAUGUGCAGCAGCCACAACCACAACCUGCUCCCAACCAAAAUCCACAGCCGCAGUCUGAUCAGCUAUCCGGGGGUCCACAGCCACUUCCCAACAGCGAACCAAGGACGUUAAACCCGCAAUACGCCAUGCUUUUAAGCUUUGCUGCUUUGCUACUAUAAUAGCUCUGUACCAUAUAGUAGUUUUUGUUGUUGUUUCCUUUACGCUUGUAUAAAUAUAAUAAUAUGCGGAGUAAUAUUAUUAUUGUGAUUUUUUUCUUAUAUUUUUUUUGCGAGAGUGUACGUACGUUUGCGGGGCGCGCCUAUAUAGGAUUUUAGCACUAUCGUUUUGAUAUCUGGACGUGCCUUCAUUAUUGUAUAUGCAUGAUUGUAUAACUAUGUGGCCUGGACAUAUUAUACAUACGAUAUAUAUAAUAAUAUCAUUUCUUCCUUU